AUGAAAGUUAUUUUGCUAUUACUUUUUCUUAGUAUUUAUACACAAGUUCAUCAUGCAAAUACAGAGGAAUAUUUAGAAAGCUGGCACGAAUCUGUUGGUAUUAAAAAUGCCAAAAAAAUCAAGGAAUAUGAAGAUAUAUUAUAUCAACGCAUUGUCGGAGGAGCGAUCGCACCACUUAACGCACACCCAUAUUUGGUUGGCUUACUAAUAGACUUAUGGGGAUCUCCCUCUUUGUCAGCCUGUGGUGGGUCACUCCUAACAUCUAACAGAAUCUUGACAGCUGCGCACUGCUGGUACGAUGGCAGAUUUCAAGCAAUGCGAUUCACCGCGGUCCUCGGUUCACCGUUCCUUUUUCAUGGAGGAUUAAGGAUCACACCGGACAGGAUUUCAGUCCACUCUCAAUACAAUUCGAGAACGUUCGCCAAUGAUAUUGCUAUGCUCUUCACACCGAUAAGAAUCGCGUACACGCAUAACAUUCAACCGAUAAGUCUACCUCACGGUGAAAUGUUGAAUGAGAGCUUUGAAGGCGAAUGGACCUUAGCGUCCGGGUACGGGAGGUAUUCCGAUAUAAUAAAUCCUUCGACGAACACUAUGGCAAGACACGUUUCACUUAAAGUGAUUCCUUUGGCUCAUUGCAGAGUUUUCUAUGGCAACAUUGUGCUAGACUCCAACAUUUGCACCAACGGAUAUGGAGGUGUAGGGAUCUGCCAAGGAGAUUCUGGAGGUCCUUUAAUUGUCAAUCGUGGUGGACAACCAAUUUUGAUUGGUGUCAGUUCAUUUGUGGCUCUCGAUGGUUGUGAAUUAGGAUUUCCAUCAGCAUUCGCUCGAGUUUCCACUUACAUCAAUUGGAUCCGUCAACUAUUAUAA